CUAGCCUCCCCCCUCCUCAGAAUCCGCACCCCAACCCACAGCCGCCACCUCCACCUUCCGGCUGUCGCCUCCCACCUCAAAAUCCGUCGCCGGCUACCCCUUCUGCGCCACGUGGCGGGCUCCUAGUGGCCAGCCGCCACCACGUAGAUGCUCGCAGCCAACGGGACGACGCCACGCGUCCUCCCCGCGCCCCACUUCGCCGCGGCCCGGCAGAAGCCCGCAACCGGCCCGCCCUGAGAUGGAUCUGGGCCCAAGCGCCCCGAGCAGCCGCUUGCGCCCGAGGCUCUCCCGCUCGAUCCCACUAGAUCAGGAGAGCGCCACCCCGCCGCCAUCCGUACGCCGCCGCGCCUCCUGCGGUUUCUUCACUCCGGCGAGCCCCAUCGCCAACGAGCUCCUGCUCAGCCUCGCAGGACCACCCCCAGGAACCACCACCGCCCGUGGAGCUCGCCCCCAACCGCGUUCUUCACCCGAUCCAAUGGGGAUCUGCCGGAUCUGGAGUACCUCGGCCUAUUCCCGUCCUUCCCGGUCAGAUCCGUCGCCGAAUCUCCACCACUGCCGCUGGAAACGGACGGAUCAGGCGGAUCCCGUCCGGAUCCGCACCUCCGGGGCCUCCUUCGCUCCUCCCCGACGUCAAGCCGACGCCGCCUUGCCAUGGAUCCUGCUCGUGCGGGAGCACGAGGAGGAUGUUGACCAGGCCUCCGUCGCCCUGGUGGGCCCUACAGCCACGUGUGGACUCCUGUGCCUUGGGCCUCCUUCGAUUGCCAAGGUCCAGCCCAGCUCCAGGCUGCCUGCCUCCUGCGCGCCUGGGCCGCAUCUCGCGCAAGGCCCAGCGCCCCCUUCUAGCCUCCCUCCUUUGCCUCACCGGGCCUUAGCCCAUGGUGAGCCUCCUGAGAGCUCCUCAGCCCUGUGCACUGUUGGUCCAUUACAAGAUCCAGCAUAGUGCAUGUUUUUUCCUGCCUCCGUAUUUAUCUAUUAUCCUGUGUUUUACAGUUUUAUAGAAAACUCCCUAGAGUUCAUGCAUUUGAUAACUAACAAACCAUGCAUCGGAUUAAAACAACUUAUAUAUGAAAAAUGUUUAGAAUUUUGUCUAGUUUCAUAAUAUGCUACU